GACAACAGCCAUGGCACAGAGUAAAAGCACAGAAAGUUGGAAGGAAGCCGGGUCCUGGAUAACAGCAAGGCCGCACGGGAACUUCAGAUGUGAAGACCUAAAGACCCAGAACCAACUUGCAUUUUAUGCUUCUCUUCCAUGAAGAGUGGAUGUUGUAUAGCAGAAUGACUGCACAGAAAGGAGCUCUGGCACACUGGUAAUAAAGUGACGAGAACUUGGAGCCAAGGCACGGACUCAGGCCGAGUGCCUGCCAACAGACGGACACAUGAAGGAAGGACGGCCUCCGUGCACAGUGGAGUAUUAUUCAGCUGUGAAGAAGAAUGAGAUCCUGUCAUUUGCAGGGAAAGGGGUGGGCCCAGAAGGAUGCUCUUUCUCCUGGAAGUUGUGGAGCUCUGCUCUCACCAGGUGGCGGUUCUCGACUCUGCAGAAAGUGAGCGAGAAGGUCGGAGGAGCUGAAGGAACCAAGCUGGAUGAUGACUUCAAAGAGAUGGAAAGGAAGGUGGAUGUCACCAGCAGGGCUGUGAUGGAAAUAAUGACGAAAACAAUUGAAUACCUUCAACCCAAUCCAGCCUCCAGAGCUAAGCUCAGCAUGAUCAACACCAUGUCAAAAAUCCGUGGCCAGGAGAAGGGGCCUGGCUACCCGCAGGCGGAGGCGCUGCUGGCGGAGGCCAUGCUCAAGUUCGGCAGGGAGCUCGGAGAGGACUGCAAUUUUGGUCCAGCACUCGGGGACGUGGGGGAGGCCAUGAGGGAGCUGUCAGAGGUGAAGGACUCACUGGACAUGGAAGUGAAGCAGAACUUCAUCGACCCCCUUCAGAACCUGCACGACAAAGAUCUGAGAGAGAUUCAGCAUCAUCUGAAGAAGCUGGAAGGUCGGCGCCUGGACUUUGAUUACAAGAAGAAACGACAGGGCAAGAUUCCAGAUGAAGAGCUUCGCCAGGCUCUGGAGAAGUUUGAUGAGUCUAAAGAGAUCGCAGAGUCAAGCAUGUUUAACCUCUUGGAGAUGGAUAUUGAGCAGGUGAGCCAGCUCUCCGCGCUUGUGCAGGCCCAGCUGGAGUACCACAAGCAGGCGGUGCAGAUCCUGCAGCAGGUCACUGUCCGACUGGAGGAGAGAAUAAGACAGGCUUCCUCCCAGCCUCGGAGAGAAUAUCAGCCUAAACCCAGAAUGAGCCUGGAGUUCCCGGCAGGGGAUGGCACUCAGCCCAAUGGGGGGCUCUCCCACACUGGCACACCCAAGCCUGGAGGAGCCCCCAUGGAUCAGCCCUGCUGCCGAGCGCUGUACGACUUCGAACCCGAGAAUGAAGGGGAGCUGGGUUUCAAAGAGGGCGACGUCAUCACGCUCACCAACCAGAUUGACGAGAACUGGUACGAGGGGAUGCUGCACGGCCAGUCGGGCUUCUUCCCCAUCAAUUACGUGGAGAUCCUGGUCGCCCUGCCCCAUUAGGGUGGCGUGCCGGCUGGCGCGCCUCUUCCUGACCCAGGUAGCUCAGUUUAACCACAGCUUCGGUAAUGCCGCUUCCCACACACCUCGGUGCGGGCCGCAGUGGACCGAGGCAGCGAGCCCACUGUCUGGCUGGCUUGUCGCCCCCGCCGGAGAGGUGACGGCUGGUGUCUUCCGCCCAAUGAGCCUGGCAUCUGCUUCACACCACCCGAGACUGGCCAGGGGUCAGAACUGCUGUUUACAUAGCUCUCAGGAGGCUGUGGCUCUCAGAGUAUGACCACGAGCCGCGUCACAGAACAACCAUCCUGCUGAAGAUAUUGUCUGUCACCCAGAGGCCAUCAGGAGAUCUCCAGGUCUCCAGUCAUAGAGGAGCAAGCGCUUGGCUUCACAUCGUCCCUUCCCGGAUGUGUGAGUCACAGAAUGGUGAAUGGAAGCCGCCCUCACCAGCAGCUUCCUUCUGAUCUGAGUCAGUCUCUUGGGGCCAGCAGUAGACUCGUAGUCAUUGUGGAGUGAGGCUUUCUCUGAACAGUGACCUUGUUCACCCCGUAUGCCUGCCUGUGAGGUAGAGCCAGUUCCUGCCCUCUGUGUUCUUAAAGCCAGAGAUGAGGUUCUCACUUAUUUCUAAAUAAGCCAGUUGGCAGUCCGCUUAUUACGGAGUAGGCUGGAAGAAGGGACCGCCCUGUGAGGAACUGGGAAGAGGUCUUGUUUCCAAGCCUGACUUUCUAGCUGUACAGAAGCACUGUGUGUAUUUAGGCAUUUUGAAGGGAACAGGGAAGGGGAAACCACCAUCUCCACUCAGUGUUAUUUAUGAAUUGUUUCACGGAUCUGCUUGGCACAAAGAAACCAGGAGAAGUACUAGUAACCACCUUCCCACUACUCCACAGAGCGAGAAGCAGGCAGUGUCUGUCUUUCCACUUGGACCUUGUGCUCCUGGAGCAUCGUUUUGUGCGUAUUCUGCCCUCAGUGAGGACCAAAUGAAGGUGGUUUUUGUGCUUAGCGGUUUAAGGUAUGCGGCUGCGGAUGCCUGCUUCCCAGUUCAGUUGUUACUUUGUACCUGUUCUUUCUAUCCCACCUUCAUUUUGUGUGCACAGUGCCACGUGUAAGCUUAGCAGUGUUGGGUUUUUGCUCUGUCACGAAAGCCCUGUUAGGUAUCCAGAGUCCUAUUUAUCUAGCUGUACAGAUUCUUCAGGUUCACUGUGCUGCUCCCAGUGUGCCAACUGUGAUAGUGGAUCGUGUGGAGUAAAAGGCAAAUCUUACUGCUUAAUGUAUAAACUCACCCCAGGAGGCAUUGCUGUUCCCAAUAAACAUUGCUGAGGACAAAGUCAAAGGUUCUGCUUCUU